AUGGUAGCAGCGUACGACUUCAUUAUCGUAGGAGGCGGUACUUCAGGUUGCCUUCUUGCGCAUCGGCUAUCCCACUCCGCGCGCAAACCAUCUGUUCUCCUUCUUGAGGCCGGGAGCAGCCCCUCUGGUGAUUUUCUUCACGCACCCUACCAUCGGUACUAUGCGCAAGCGCUCCGACCUGAUCUAGACCACGGCUAUGUCUCCGAGCCCGAACCCGCUCUGAACGGUAGAACAAUACCGUACACGCGGGGAAAAGGCCUAGGUGGAAGUUCCAUUUUGAAUUUCGCCGUGUAUCUGUACGGAAGUCGUGAGGACUAUAAUCGCUGGAGUGACCUGGUAGACGACGAGAGCUGGAAAUGGGAAUCUGUCAAGAGAUCUUUCGAAGCCAUCGAGAACUAUGACUUUUCCGGCUCAAAAGAUUACAAGCAUAUCGCUGAACCGAGCACGAACGCUCAUGGCACGAAAGGCCAGUUGAAGGUCGGUCUUCCGCCUGUGCUCGAGAAGAGCGUGGUGCCGCAGAUGGAGGCGCUGGCUGCAGCUGGGGAGAAGAUUGUUCUCGAUGCCAAUUCGGGAAAUCCGGUGGGCAUAAUGGUCUUUCCACAUAGCUAUAGUAAAGACGGGAGAAGUACUAGUGCGAUCGCACAUCUUAUGCACCCGCCGAGCAACCUUGAGAUAUGGACAGAUGCGAAAGCGGAGAAGUUCGUAUGGGAGGGGAAGAAGGUCACCGGAGUCGUUCUCGAAGAUGGGCGGCAAGCGACGGCAAACAACGAAGUCAUUAUCUGUGGUGGCUCGAUCGACUCACCUAAGCUCUUACUUCUCAAUGGCAUCGGACCAAAAUCCGAUCUGGAAGCUCUCGGCAUCGAUGUCAAAGUCGACUUACCCGGCGUAGGCAAGCACCUGAAAGACCACGUCCUUACUUUCAUGACGGUAGAAGUCUCAGGCACAAUCAACGACAAAUACGCUUUUGAUAGCAAUCCCGACCUCAUCGCCGCAGCCCAAGAGUCCUGGACCAAAGACCAAACUGGUGCUUUCGCUCUACAGCACUCGUCGCUCUGGGGCGGCUUCCUCAAACUGCCAGAUUUACAAUCGUAUAAAGAGUACUCUGCGCUUCCGCCAGAUCUCCAAGAAUUCUUGUCCAGAGACCAAGUCCCAGCGUACGAGUUCCUCAACAACUCGAUACUGUGGCCGCCAGGCACACAGUUGGAUGCAGGAAACACGUACAUGACUUUCAUCGCUUUUCUCAUGAACCCGCAAUCCAGCGGCUCUAUCAAACUGCGGUCCAAGAAUGCAUCCGACAAGCCAAUCAUCACGUUGAACUACCUCACGCACCCCUACGACGUCCGCAUCUUCCGCGAAGCUAUCCGCAGCACAUGGACGAAGCUGACAGGUAACCCUACCAUCGCGCCGCAUAUUGUGCGCACGGUUCUAGGCCCUGAGUCCAUGGGAGACGCGGAUGUAGAUCGGUUUGCGAGCGAGAAUGCGGGUACCGUGUGGCAUGCGUGCGGGACGUGCAAGAUGGGUAAGGAAGGUGAUGAAGAGGCAGUCGUGGACAAGAACUUCAGAGUUCGGGGAGUGGAGGGGUUACGAGUUGUUGAUAUGAGUGUUGCGCCGGUUGUGACGAACAACCACUCGCAGGCUACGGCCUAUUUGAUUGCGCAAAAGGCAGCGGAGAAGAUGGUCCAAGAGUAUGAGCUGGACAGGGAGGGCUGA